AUGGAAUUCAAUAUAGUGAAAAGCAUAGUCGACAGCGAGUUUGAGGAUCGAGCCGAAGCUUCAAGAUCUGGUGGUCGGAAGCUUCAAGAUGCAGUGGUGGUGAACGGCCGAAGGUCUCGUCCUAGCUGGUACAGAGCAUCGCCUCCUCCUUUGUCCGCCCCUCUUCCUGUCCUUGAAGAUGAAGACGAUGCGGUGGUGGUCCUUCCACCAGUUGAUAACUCUGCAAUUGUAGCUGGCCUGAAUCUCAGCCUUGCUGGUAGGAUGUUUCAUUGGGGUGGUAGAAGUAUGGCAGCAUUGGUCGCAACCCUCCCAAAUGAGCAUAUUUGGACUCUUCAAGGCCAUGUUCGUUGCGUUCCUCACGGUGACUCAAAAACAUGGCAAUCACACAUCAUAACUUUGUUUCCUUACUCCCUGACUUUCUGGAUUCGCAUUGAUGGGAUUCCCUCUGAAUUCUGGGUUGAUGAGUCGCUGAUAGAUUUUGGAGAUACUAUUGGUACUGUCCGAGCUGUGGACACUACCAAAGGAAGAAUUCAGGUCAUUGUAAAAGUAAAUUAA